AUGAUAGGGAGAGUGUUAAGAAUUUUAAAAGUUAAUACAGUUAACUCAAAAUCAUUCAUAGAAGUUUGUAAAUAUAAUUUCGGGUGCUAAAAGAAUAAAAAUAAAUUAGAAUCUCAUACAGAAGAUAAGAGUAUUCCAAAACCUCAUGUAGAUGGAACAGCAGCUGAGUUUUUUGGAAGAAAACCAACUAUUGAAGAGAUUUAAAAACUGUUAUCUCCUGAAGGACUUUUAAGUGAAAUUUAAUAUUAAGAUUAUGAAGGUGUAACACCUUUAGGUAAAUUUGAGCAAUUACAGCCACAAAAAAAGUAAAAAGAAAAUAUGACUGAAGAAGAAAAAAGAAAAGAAUACUUAGAAAAUAAUUUGAAUGAAUGGGGAAUGCCCGAAGAAGUAGGUUUUAAAGUUAAAGGUCCAGAACCUACAAGAUUUGGGGAUUGGGAAAGAAAAGGUAGAGUUACUGAUUUUUGA